AUGUCUGACGGUAUAAGAUUUUUAGAAUACUGUUAUGUGAUGUAUUUUUCGGAUCCAAAGUUUCUGUUGGACGGUUCAAUGUUCAAAUAUUGCUUGCAAAGAGAAAAGGAUCAUUUUAUAUACAUAUCAUUACUGAGAUUAUUAAGUUGUCUUCCAGAAUCAAUUCCUCAUCUAGCAGAAAUAGAGAACAAAGCUUUUAACUCAAAUAAGUUAAAUUAUUUUGAAUCGUUCAAGCUUUUUGAGUACAAAACUUUGAAAAAAAGAAGAUCUGUAAAUAUUGAUCCAGAAGACCUCGAAUAUUAUAAGAUUAUGGCAACGGCAAUUAGAAAGUUCUUUGAACUCAUUAACUCCUGCGUUCCUCUCAUUCAACAUGUUUACAAAAGAAAUUAUUUUUAUUUUGGAACAUCUUUAUCAGAGUUAGAGCGAAAAGUAGAGUUCUAUGUCGAACUAAUGCUUAUUAAACACCCUAAUAAGCCCUUAUUUAUGAAGCUUGCCAAUAUUUUUUAUGAAAGAUGCGCAAUGGACCCGGCAAAAGCGGAAAGUUUAGAGAAACAGAUAAAAUUAUGCAAUGUUUAUCAGUCAGAGAACCCAUUAUGGCGUGAAAUGUGCACUCAAAAAGUGUUUUUCAAUCAGAAAUACGAAUUUUUAUCUGAUUCAAAAGAAAAUUUGUUAUCACAAGAGCCGCAAGAGGUUUCCACAGCAUCCCUGAAGUCAGCAAUAUCAAAUGAUAUGUUCAGAUUAGAGUCCAAGCACUUAAGAUUUUUAGAAUAUGUUAACAUCUCAAUAAUUGUGCUAUUUGUUGGUUAUGUUGCAUGUAUCAUAUUUGCUACAGCAUCAUUCGACACGAAUGCUUCCGGUUUAAUGAAUUUAUCCACCGCGGUCAAUGAUAAACAGACAAGUUUCUGCGAGUUAAUGAUUAACUCCCUUCGCCCUUGCCGUGGUGUCCUUGAUACUGCAGAAAUGAGGUCUCAAAUUCAAACUUUUAUUGACGGAUAUUUUGUUGAACACGCAUUAUUCUACAAAAACUUAAAUAAUAUCUUGUCAACGAGUGCUUUAUUGAAUAAUUCGCUUUGGAGCUUGUUUGCUGAUAGAUAUCUUGCUUCUAGCGCUCUUGACGGGACAGAAUUUAAUUAUUCAUACGUGACUAUAGGAACAAGAGUCGCAACUGCAACGGAAACAGUAUUAGGAGCACCCCAAUGUAACGCGAGUCAGUAUUACUACUUAACUCAGAUGCUAUUUCUUAAUAUGACAGAUUGGUUUGGAAUUUUUACUGGAAAAUUCAACCCAUUACUUGCAUAUAUAAGCAAUGAAGUAAGACUGAAGUACGUUAUGUUCGGAGAUCUUGCAACAGUGUUCAUUUACGUUGCUGGAUUGAUUUUAUUGAUUUCUUUGAUAUUUUAUCGUAUCAAACUUCAUAAAAUAACGAACAGUUUCUCAGAAGGUGUUCCAAACAAAGAAUCCAACAUAAUUCAAAAAAUUAUAUCUGGCAAUCAGAAAGGAUAUCUGUUUUAUACAUAUAUCAUACUAUUUCUGAUUGCCAUUACCAUUAUUAUGUAUAUAUUUUUGAUGCAUUUGAUGCAAUACGACGUUCAAAACCAAAUUAUCUAUUUAAUGGCUGCUUUAAGCGACAUAUUCAGAGAGAUUAUUCAAUUAUUCUAUAUUUCAACCGGUAUUACAUGCCUCAGAAUUUAUCUUCUCAAUCAUACUCAAUAUCCAUUAGCAGCUUAUGGAAUUGAGACAACAUUAUAUGUUCUUAUGGGCUUAGACAGAUCUCAUAGUAACAAUUAUCCACUGAUUGAUAACAUGUCUCAGUUGAUUUCGAGCAGUUACCACGCAAUUAACGAAGAAGAGACAAUGAACUUCACCAAUCAAGCCGCUGAUAUAUUCCUAGACCAAUUAAUUCCAUCAAAUAAUGAAUAUAUCACUAACAGAUAUACAGCAUAUUAUAAAGAUAAGAAUGAGGUGACAUUUAACCAUGUUGGCAUUCAUUCUUGGAUAUUCCUGUUAGCAGCGGUAUUCGUUUCCAUCAUUUCCAUUUAUUUCUUUGAGUUUGUUCAUUCAAUUCUUUAUACAAAGAUGAUAACUCAACUUAUUCCAUAUGUAAGAACAGCUGUUAGCGAAGAUGGAAGUAAUACUGUUACAGGAAUGAAUGAAAACAGCUUUUCUUUGGAUUUGAUCGGAUAUCCAGCAGCUAUUAUUGAUUCUUCCGAUGAAAUUAUAUUUGUUAAUCAUCUAUGGUUGACAGAUUUUAAUGGCGUAAUGUCAAAUUUCAUCGGAGAAAAUUAUCAGAAUAUUAAUGAAGAAUUUAGCGUUUGUCCGCAUGUCCAAGAUGGUCUAAGAGUUAUAGUUAUAGAGAAAUCCCGCGAAAUGGAAGAUUUGAGGAAGAAUAUCUCUUCAAAAGACAGUGAUUACAAGUCAAUGAUACAAGUAUUGCAUCCAUUAGAAUCAUUUACACCUGAAAUGAAGGAAAGAGAUGCAAUUGUGCUUUGUUUGAUAUUUACUUCGUUCAAUGAAGGAGAUAAAACUUCAGAAACAGAUUCUUGUUUCUACGAAGUCAGAUACAUCAUUAGCGAAGUCAAAGAAUUCACAGCUGAAUUCAAUCCACGAUUUUUAACAUGGUCUUUCGGAGAAAUUCAGAUAGUUUUUGGAUUGAAUGAUGAUGACACUUCUUUAAUGGAUUCUGCACUUUCUGCGUUGAAUACUGCUUUCUUUGCUAUCCAGAAAGCCCUAGAAUUUGAAGAUAUCUAUGAAAUGUCUGUUGCAGCUGUUUUAAUGAAAGGAAAAUUCAACAACUGCAUGUUCGAUGGAUACGGCGCUAGACAGAACAGACAGCCAAAUGCUGUCAUUGUGUCUCCCGCUGUUUCUGAUUUACUCACGGAUUACAUUUGUGAUUUAGCUUUCGUCGUCAAUGAUUUUGUCACUAUCUACGUCGAUCCAAGAGAUAUCAAGUACUUGGCUGAUGACGAAGAAGAGUGUGAUUCAGACGAAGCUUUUGUUUGUUUGUGA